CAGCCGGGUGGGAAGGCUCAAGAUGGCGUGCCUGUUAGAGACCCCAAUCCGCAUGAGCGUCCUCUCGGAAGUAACAGCUAGCAGUCGCCACUAUGUUGACAGGCUAUUUGACCCUGAUCCCCAGAAAGUGCUACAAGGUGUCAUAGACAUGAAAAAUGCUGUAAUUGGAAACAACAAGCAGAAAGCCAACCUCAUUGUUUUAGGAGCUGUUCCAAGAUUGUUGUACUUGCUUCAGCAAGAAACCUCAAGCACAGAGCUGAAAACCGAAUGUGCAGUGGUAUUAGGAAGCCUUGCUAUGGGUACUGAAAACAAUGUCAAGUCUCUUCUGGACUGCCAUAUUAUCCCUGCCUUACUGCAAGGACUACUGUCCCCUGACCUGAAGUUCAUUGAAGCUUGCCUCCGAUGCCUGCGGACCAUCUUCACCAGUCCUGUCACUCCAGAGGAGCUACUGUAUACUGAUGCCACAGUGAUACCACACCUCAUGGCACUGCUUGGCAGGUCUCGCUACACCCAGGAGUACAUCUGUCAGAUCUUCUCACACUGCUGUAAAGGGCCAGAUCAUCAAACAAUUCUAUUUAACCAUGGUGCAGUUCAGAAUAUUGCUCACCUACUAACCUCACUAUCCUACAAGGUUCGAAUGCAAGCACUGAAAUGCUUCUCCGUUUUAGCUUUUGAAAACCCCCAGGUAUCGAUGACCCUGGUGAAUGUUUUGGUUGAUGGAGAAUUAUUGCCACAGAUUUUUGUGAAGAUGUUACAGAGGGAUAAGCCUAUUGAGAUGCAGCUCACAUCGGCAAAAUGUUUAACUUACAUGUGUAGAGCAGGAGCAAUUUGGACAGAUGACAGCUGUAUUGUGUUAAAGACAUUGCCUUGUUUGGUUCGAAUGUGCAGUAAGGAGAGAUUGCUAGAGGAGAGAGUUGAAGGAGCUGAAACACUCGCCUAUCUGAUUGAGCCAGAUGUUGAGCUGCAGAGAAUCGCUAGCAUAACUGAUCACCUCAUUGCCAUGCUUGCUGAUUAUUUCAAGUAUCCCAGCUCAGUGAGCGCCAUCACUGACAUUAAAAGGCUUGAUCAUGACUUAAAACAUGCUCACGAACUCCGCCAGGCUGCAUUCAAGCUCUAUGCUUCUCUUGGAGCAAAUGAUGAAGACAUCCGGAAGAAGAUCAUUGAGACUGAAAAUAUGAUGGACCGAAUUGUGACUGGCUUGUCUGAGUUUAGUGUCAAGGUGCGGUUAGCUGCCGUCAGAUGUUUGCACAGUUUAUCCAGAUCUGUGCAGCAGCUUCGAACCAGUUUCCAGGAUCACGCUGUAUGGAAACCUUUAAUGAAGGUUUUACAAAAUGCACCUGAUGAAAUCCUUGUAGUAGCAUCUUCUAUGCUAUGUAAUCUUCUUCUUGAAUUUUCUCCAAGCAAAGAGCCAAUUUUAGAAUCAGGAGCCGUAGAGCUACUUUGUGGAUUAACCCAGAGUGAAAAUCCUGCUUUACUAGUGAAUGGAAUUUGGGCCUUAAUGAAUAUGGCAUUUCAGGCUGAACAAAAAAUAAAAGCAGAUAUUUUACGAAGCUUGAGUACUGAACAACUAUUCCGGUUAUUAUCAGAUUCAGAUUUGAAUGUGCUGAUGAAGACUUUGGGACUUCUUCGAAAUCUCUUGUCUACUCGGCCUCACAUAGAUAAAAUAAUGAGCACUCAUGGAAAGCAAAUUAUGCAAGCCGUCACCCUUAUUCUGGAAGGGGAGCAUAACAUUGAGGUCAAAGAGCAGACAUUGUGCAUACUAGCCAACAUAGCAGAUGGGACAACAGCAAAAGAGCUUAUUAUGACCAAUGAUGACAUCCUGCAGAAGAUCAAGUACUACAUGGGCCAUUCACAUGUCAAACUGCAGCUUGCCGCCAUGUUUUGUAUAUCAAACCUCAUAUGGAAUGAAGAGGAAGGGUCACAAGAACGCCAGGACAAACUACGAGACAUGGGCAUCGUAGAUAUUCUGCACAAACUGAGUCAGUCACCAGACUCAAACCUUUGUGACAAGGCAAAGACGGCACUGCAGCAGUACCUGGCAUGAUGGGAGCGUCCCUGGGCACCUGCGAGCAUCCCACACCCUUGUUUAAGGAAGUACAGGAACUAGCCUCAGUUGAUUCCUUCUAUUUGCACAAGUCACCUUGGACUGCAGGGAGCUGUUUUGCAAAAGCAAUUUCAUAGGCUUAGAUCUCAAAUUCAUCUUGAGAACAUUUUUUGAGGUAAUAAUUUCCUCAGAGGACUGUUGUGUUUUGUUUUGUUUUUCUGAGCUACCUGGACUCUUUAUUAGAACAAUCAAUCAUUUUCCUUUGGACCUACAAUUUUUUGCCUAUGCUGCAGCCACUUUGUGAGUGAGAAUGAUUGUGUCUGUGUGGACACACAGGGGGUAUGUGUGUGAGUAUGUGUGUGUAUCAGAAUGAGUGGAUGUGUGUGAGGGAUACCUCAGAUUUUUCUUUUCUUAUUUUGUGUGAAUAUCUCUUUUCUACAGAUUUUC